AGAGUCUUUCAUUCUUUCUGGUGCAGCUUAACUGAUUUGAAGAAGCCGAAGAAUAAAAUCCAGUAGCACAGUUAAGACUUUAGCCAUGGCAUCUGUAACAUACCAAAAGCCAACAUCUACUACUGUGGGAAAACAAAUGAUUUUUACAGGUCCAGACUACAUAAAGGAUUAUUUACCCAAAAUUCAUCAGCACACCUGCUAUGUAGGAGAACAGCAUCCGGCGUUAGAAAAAACUGGAGAUCUCAGAUAUUUAUGGAGGCCUGCCUCAAAUAGAAGCUUGCCAGCAAAAUAUAAACAUGAGUACGUUGGUGAAAUUGGUUGGGGAGUACCACAGUAUAAUUUUAUCAACAAAUCAAGACUGGAGAGUGGCUUCCAUAUCAAGUAUGAAGAACUAAGUCAAGCUUCUCUUGAUUCAAUAACCCACAGAUAUCAAAACCCAUGGCAACCAAAACCUCAUGUCCUGGAUAUGCAAGGAAAACAGAGUCGCACUUCUUUGGCCUGGCAUGUGGGUGAUUUCGAGGACACUGAUCGGAGAAAUUCCAAAUGGGCUAUUCUCGUUAGGCAGAGUAAGUCAUCAUUGCCAAGAGCUUCCAAACCAUUUAUGCUUCCGAAGCUGCCAAAAAAGGAAAAGAAAAGGAAAUAUUAGCCUCUAAAUCAGCAUAACUCAACCUGCUUUUAGAAGGAGAAACUGCCUACUACUGUAGAACAAAAAAUAAGAUCAUAAUAAUCCAUAAGUGCUUCUCAUAUUGCCCCAGGACAGAUGUCUUGCAAGAGUACGCUUCAGCUUAAAGCCCAAAUAAAGAGUUUGGAAAAAAG